AUGGGAACCGGACAACAAUUUAGUCAGCACUUGGUGAAGUGUAUAGAGGCCAACUUGAAGACGGCUAGGUGCUUCACGGUUACUGUGUACGACAGGGAUAACUCCGAGUUCACCGUCGCAGAGACAACUCCGACUGAUUCUUUCUCACUGGGUAGCUACAGAGUCUCGCUUGCAUCUCACACAUGUGACGGCGGAUACUUCCAGGCACUUCAUUUCCUGUGUCUCCAUGCACUGGCAUGCUGUGCCUACUCACGGCUUACAUGGGAGCCUUACGUCCACCAGGUGUAUCGUCUUAGUUCGGUCUUCAGUGUGUAUCAGAUGGGUUUCACACCUCCCAUUCCGGAGGGUUUCUGGCCACCAUAUGACGGGCCGACUGUCAUCCCUGACCCCAAUAAGAGGCGUGCGAGAGAGGGUCGGACCAAUAUGGACGAGGCAGAUCCGAAUCGGCCAAAGAGAUGUGGGCUUUGUCGGCAGCCCGGCCACACACGUUGGAGUUGUCCACAGCUCGGAGGAGCAGAGCACACACGGGGACAUAAUUAG